GCAUAUAAAACGUGGAACUGUCCGCCUCCGGACAGUGAGCUCAUAGCCUCGCCCACGUACGCGCCCCUGUCCAGCCUCUUCAGCAACUGACUGCAGAGUUGAACGAACGGAAAGCACCGACUCUACACAGGCCCAGUCUCCAAGAUCUUAUCGGUGCUCCAUAUUUGGAGGGCAGUAGUGGCAAGCAGACAGUUUGUACUGAGCAGUGAUGGCCAACAGAGGACCCAGCUAUGGACUAAGUCGGGAGGUGCAGGAGAAGAUAGAACAAAAGUAUGACCCUGAGCUGGAAGCCAGGCUGGUGGACUGGAUCAUUGCGCAGUGUGGGGGCAACGUGGAGAGGCCGCAGCCAGGGAAACACAACUUCCAGGGCUGGCUGAUGGACGGAACACUUCUCUGUAGACUCAUUAAUAGCCUGUACCCACGUGGCAAGGAGCCAAUCAAGAAGAUCCCAGAGACACAGAUGGCUUUCAGGCAGAUGGAGAAGAUCUCCCAGUUCCUGAAGGCAGCAGAGGCCUACGGGGUGAUCACCACUGACAUCUUUCAGACUGUCGACUUGUGGGAAGGAAAGGAUAUGGCUGCUGUGCAGAGAACCUUGAUGGCUCUUGGGAGUUUUGCCAUCACAAAGGAUGAUGGGUACUACCGUGGUGACCGUGAUUGGUUCCACAGGAAAGCCCAAGGGCAUCGGCGCGAGUUUUCCGAGGAGCAGCUCCGUCAGGGCCAGAGCCUGAUCAGCCUGCAGAUGGGCAGCAACCGUGGGGCGUCUCAGUCGGGCAUGACAGGCUACGGCAUGCCCCGCCAAAUCAUGUAAAACUGUUCCCCAACACAUCUUAGGCUCAUUCCUAAACAUACCUGUGUUCCCCCCGAGCCCUCCAGCUCCAUAUACCACUGGUACCCCCACUGUAUACCCCUGUGUCCCCUCAGUAUUACUGUCACAACAUAGGGGCCAUUCCGUCACACAGUGUUACAGCACUGUCACAAAUUGGCGACAGGCUUGGCAGGAAUGUGGCCAAGCACACACACUAGUGAGUAUGACACAUUGGAAAGUAUUUAUUAAUUUAUUACUUAUGAUAAAGUAUUUAUUAAUGUAUUACUUAUGAUUGAAGUAUUUAUUCAUUAUGAAGGAUUAUGCAUAUAUUUAUUAAAUAGUUGUUCAUGUGUAUAUUUAUUUGUUUAGAUUUAAACAUUUUUAUCUGUUUAUCAUGUUCAGAAAUAUGGCUCAGAGCGAUGACAGGUUUGUGGCAUAUGUGGUACAAAUGCAGAACAAUUCUAACUUUUAUUUGGAAUCUAUAAUGCAGUGGCAAUACUGUAUUUCUUGAUUCCAUAAAAUUAUGUUUUAUGUUUUUCCUGUAUUUUAGUUCUCUUUUUUAAAGUGACUGUAAAGUGGUUGGAACUAACCGUUCAUUAUCACAGAGAGAUUAAUCCACUACACAUCCAGCAAAUACAGUGCCAUCCAUAACGUUUGGGAGAAAGACCCAUUAUUUAUUUAUUUGCCUCUGUACUCCACAAUUUGAGAUUUGUCGUUAAAAAAACACGUGGUUAAAGUGCACAUAGAUUUUAAUAAAGCAGAUUUUAUACAUACAUAGUAAAAUAACACAUAUUUCAAGUCAGUCGUACAUUCUGCAUUGAAAACAAUGUCUGGAUUGCAUGGGUGUGGUCUGGACUGCCUCACCACCCCACCUUGUAGAAGGAGAGAGACUGGGAGAGGGUAUGGUCGGUAGAGGGAUUGAGAGCGGAGCAGUACAAAGAUGCACUCCACAAGGAAAGGACGAACCCAGGACAUUGUUGCUAUGAGACGAUGGUGUUAUUCAUUGCACUACAAGACUGCUACAUUGCUCAUGCUCAUGCUACAUUGCCCAACAUCUCAACAUCAUUUCAUGAAUCUAUGGGAUGAGAUAUGCAAUGAGGUAAAACAUUAUUGGCCAUUAGGUCAGGGAAUUAUUGAUGUCAUCAAGGACCCUGACCCAAUAGCUCAGAAUCUCGUAAUACAUAGAACCCCACCAUUCAAUCCCCACAUAGGAAUAGAUGGAAAUGUUUAGACGGAUGUAAGUUGAUAUUGCAAUGCAUUUGAUUUCUCUAAUUUUUCUGAUGCUUAAUACAUACCAUAAUAAUGCCAUUAAAUGUAGUUUGCAGCCAUUCACAGAUUUACCUUUACAGUCACUUGCAUUAUAUUCCUUAAAACAUGUAUAUUUGCAUGUUAAUGUAUUGCAUGUUUAAAAGAGGGAUAUUGGUUAUGAUGUGGCAGUUUUACUUUUGUAUAUACACAGUAUUUUUGUUUCAAUAUAUUUUACUCUGUCUGAAGGUUAAAUGUCACGUUAAAUGGGACCAGUAUGUUUACAUAGGUCUGGCAGUUUGUGGAGACAAGUUGACAUUCACUUCAUCUGCUCAAAGUUCCCCAUCCUCUCCUCAUGAGGCAAUGCUUAAAUGCUGGGAUAGCAUUUUCAAUACUCUCAACCCUUUAAAAAUCAGGGCUAUGGUGAACAAAUGAUGCCUUUACAUUCAUUUCAGUGUCACAGCUGUAUUAUCUUCUGUUAUCAAAGUGGAGAUGGGAGGUGGUGUACUCUAAAGGGAGAUCACUGGCAUUAUAUUAAUAUAUGAUUUUCAGCUUGAUGCUGUGUUCUCAACUGUACCAAGAAAGAAGGUGGUGGAUAGGAUUAUCUGUGGGUUUAUUUGUGCCAUUAAUGUUAUAAUGUGUAAUAGAAUAUGUCAAAUGUUAAAAAACCAUGCCAAAAGUCUGUAUAUUAUAUUUUACUAUAUUCAGUUGACAACUGUUAGUUUUGAUCAUGUGUUUAUGGAUUUCCUAUUUUCUGCUUUUUUUAAUGUGUAAAACAUGACUUAAUACGUUGUGCCUUCUUUUAUUGGAUGCAAUUUGUGAAUACAAACAAAAAUACAAUAAUCCUGAAAAAUAUUUAUUUUAGCAAUUAUGUCUCCUUCAUCACUCACUUACCAGUAUGACUGAAAGAUAUCUGAGUGAAUGAAAUAGACACCAUCAGGUCUAUAUUGUAGCCUUUCUUUCAACAUCAUGGCAUUUAAACAAUGUAUAUAUUCGGAAGCUGUAUAUUUCAUUUGGAGUAACGUGUUAUAUGAAAGGCAUAAUGAUGAUUAUACCACUAUGUUGAACCUAUGACCGAUAAUUCAUUAUUUUCUGUGGUUUAUUUCAAAUUUGUGUUUCGUUAUAGUAGUGAAUGUAUGCUCUCAUCCUCUAUUAAAUGGUAUGUGAAAUUAGGUAAAUUAUGGUUUCGGAUCAAAUGUAUAUGAAUUUGAUGAUGUCAGUAGUAUUCAAGUUUCACAUCUUGACCUUCCAGUCUCUUAAUCCAUUGUAAUUAUUGAACAUACUAUUGCUAUAUCUUUCAAAGAGAUUUAGUUAAUUAUUUUGCGGUGAUCUUUUGUUAUAACAUAAGAAAACUCCCAGUUACCCUCCCAGUCAGCUUGCCAGUGGCAUUCAGUCCUGGAAUCUGCUUUUAUUCCAAGUUGUGGAAGCUAUUCUUUUCAUUUUCUUUUCAUUUUAAGCCAAUGUGGAAUAUCCCAAUGAACUAAAUUCUUUUUCAGAGACUCAAAGAUGAUAAUUCUUUGUAUUUUUCUUUAUCCAAUGCAAUACAAAAUGUUUUGAUUUAAUUCAAUGACUUGGUGUGUUGAGGGGGCGGCAUUAAACAUGUGGAAAAGGCCA